ACCAUUCCCACAGCCAUUCCUCACUGCUGAGUUCAUUUCAGCAUCACAUUUCUCACUCAAGCGAUGAAUCCAAACUACCGUAGGCGAUCAGAAAAUGAAGAUGAAUUCGUUUUUCUCAUACAUCCUACAUUAGAAGGCAGCAGCUCAUCCACAAAAAUGCCAAUACAUACAUCCAUCCUCACAGGAUCCACAUACAUGCAUGAAACACUUACCGGCCAUGAGGUCUUGUGCCAGAGACGAUUCCACAUGGAGAGAGAGAUCUUUCAAGCCUUAGUUCAAAAAUUGUGUGAGAAGUGCAAACUUGAAGACGGAACAUAUGUAUCCGUGGAAGAGCAAGUAGCUAUAUUUCUAUACACAAUAUCAAAAAAUGCAAGCAAUCGGACAGUGCAAGAUAUAUUCCAACACAGUGGAUCAACGGUUAGUUAUUAUUUUCGAGUUGUGCUCAAUGCAAUUACAUCACUAUCAUGCAACUACAUACGAUUGCCGUCCCUACACCCACAUCGCAUCUUAAGGCAGCGAAAAUUUGCAUACUUUCAGAAUUGUCUUGGAGCUAUUGACGGCACUCACUUUCCCAUGACCAUUCCACCUGGGCAACAAGAUCCAUAUAGAAACAGAAAACAAGGCCUUUCACAAAAUUGCAUGGUCGCAUGUGACUUUGAUCUAAAGUUCGUGCAUGUACAUCCUGGUUGGGAGGGGUCUGCUUCAGAUGCAAGAGUUCUACAAGACUCACUUAAGCAUGGUUUUAGUGUACCCCCUCGUAAAUUCUAUCUUGUAGAUGCGGGUUAUGCAAACACACCUCAAUUCAUUGCUCCAUAUAGGGGAACAAGGUAUCAUUUGCAAGAACAGGGAAGAGUACAGCAGAGGCCACAAUCCGCCAAAGAAUUGUUCAACCUCCGCCAUGCUCAGCUUCGGAAUCAUGUUGAGAGAAUUAUUGGUAUAUUAAAAAAGAGGUAUCCCAUACUAAAGGCUGCUACGUCUUAUGAUAUUGACACUCAAGUUGAUAUUUCUAUGGCUUGUUGUGUGAUGCACAAUUUCAUACGGCUACAUGAUGGUGACAUGUCAUUGCCGGACAGAUGCACUGAAGAUAUAAAUGAAAGCAAUAUGGAAGAUGUACCAGAUGGGGAUACCAAAUACAAUGUUGAUGUGCCAUUAUUUGACAGCAUGAGGCAAGCUGGGAAUGACAUGCGAGAUGCCAUGGCAAAUGCAAUGUGGGCUGACUACAAUGCAAGGCGAUAAACCAUAUGUAAUAAAUGUAAAAUAAUUUGGUUUGUACUGCAAGUAAUUCUAGCCAAUCAAAAGGAUUUGUGAUCAAGUGUCA